GUACCAAAGAGCCGCUUUCCCGUCCCAUCCGCCGACCUAUCUUUCAACGCGACAAAUUUGAUGGUGUAGAUUCAGAUGAUGAGACGUCAGAGGAAGAGGAGGGUGAAGUCGAGAUUGAUAUGGAUCAAGAACAAGAAGACUUUAUUCGAUUCUCGAGGGAGAUGCUGGGUAUUGAUGAUGAUGCGUGGGCCGACAUAAUCGCCGACAGGGAGAAGCGAGGAGUAUAUAUUCCUCCUAGCGCCAGAUCCUCCAAAGAAAGGGAUACCAUAGAAAAAGAAAAGACUCCAAAAGGCCCAAACGCCGCUCAAUUUUUUGACGAGAUUCCUGAGAUUGCGGUCACCCAACGACCCACACGAACAAAACCCAAGCCCGAAGAUGACAGUUCACGGAUACCUAACCCCGACCUCGACUCCUUCGAAGCCGUCAUGGACGCGAUGGAGAAGGAAUUAGCUAAACUAAAGAAGCCUCCAUCUACCAAGCAAGCCACACGGGAUACCAAGAGCAAGGGAAAGGCCAAAGAUUUACAUAUUCCACCGCGACCCAAUUCCUCGAAACCACCUGGUAUCGGUAUGGACGUAGACGGAGAUGAGGAUGAUGAGGAUGGCGCAGAUAUGGCCGAGCUCCAGCAAGCCAUGGACCUCGAACUCCGUUCCGCGCUCAAACGGGACAUGGAGGUCGUGUCUUCGGGAGAAGAAGGUGGCUCGGGCGACGAAGAUGACGAGAUGCCCAUGGACUAUAACCUCAUCAAGAAUUUUCUGGAAAGUUUCAAGGCGCAGCAGGGACUGUCUGGGCCCGUGGGCGGCCUGGCUGGGAGACUGCAGGGUUCAGACUGGGCAUUGCCCAGAGACGGAUAA